AUGCCUUUCUUCGGUCUUCCCCUUGUGCUGCUACUCAUCAUGGCUUCUCCUGCCACUUCAUGCAAUGAGGAGGAGAAGAGCUCCCUGAUACAGUUCAUUGCUGGGCUAUCUCAUGAUGGUGGUGUUACCAUGUCCUGGCGGAAUGGCACAGACUGCUGCAAGUGGGAAGGCAUCACUUGCAAUGGACGUGGAGCAGUUAUGGAGGUGUCUCUAGCCUAUAGAAGCCUAGAAGGAAGCAUCUCACCGUCCCUUGGCAAGCUCACCAGCUUGUUGCGCCUCAACCUCUCAUACAACUCACUCUCUGGUAACCUGCCAUCAGAACUAUUGUCAUCUGGCAGCAUCACGGUACUUGAUUUGAGCUUCAACCGCCUCAGUGGGGCCCUGCAAGAACCUCAUCCAUCAAUCACUGAGCAGCCAUUGCAAACACUCAACAUCUCAAGCAACUUGUUUACAGGAGAAUUUCCAUCUACAAUGUGGGAGAAAACAAGAAAUUUGAUUGCCAUCAAUGCAAGCAACAAUAGUUUCCAAGGAUGGAUACCAUCUUCUUUCUGCAUCAACUCAACAUCUGUUGCAUUGCUUGACCUUUCCUUCAACCAAUUCAGUGGCAGCAUCCCUGCUGGUAUGGGUAAAUGCUCUGCACUUAGAGUGCUCAAGGCUGGCCACAGCCACCUCAGUGGGCUUCUCCCAGAUGAGCUAUUCAACGCUACAUCGUUAGAGUACCUCUCUUUCCCAAACAACAGGUUGCAGGGAUUGCUUGAUGGUGCACAAAUAAUGAAGCUCAGAAAUCUGGUUAAUCUUGACCUUGGAGGUAAUAGGCUAAAUGGCAAGAUUCCGGAAUCUAUAGGCCAGCUCAAGAGACUGGAGGGACUCCAUUUGAACAACAACAACAUGUUUGGGGAGCUGCCAUCAGCUCUGAGCAAUUGCACAAAUAUCAUAACGAUUGACCUCAAGGAUAACAAUUUCUGCGGAGAGCUUCACAAAGUCAACUUCUUCAACCUGCUCAAUCUAAAAGCAUUAGAUCUUCUGUACAACAACUUCACUGGCACAAUUCCAGAAAGCAUCUACUCAUGCAGCAACCUGAUGGCAUUGCGGCUAUCUAGCAACAACUUGCAUGGGCAGCUGUCACCAAGAAUAAGAAAUUUGAAAUAUCUUGUUUUCCUGUCACUUGGUGCCAACAAUUUUACAAAUAUCACAAAUACACUUCAGAUCUUAAAGAACUGGGAGUUACCAACAGCCUUAAUGGAAAUGACAAUGCUAAGAACAGAAAAGACUGCAACCCAUUUGGAUCUAAGGGUGUUUGAGCUACCUCUUUAUUUCGCUCACUCAUUUCAAUACCGGAUAGCCACUACUUUCGGGAAAACACUGGAUCUUAGUCGUAAUGAGUUAACAGGUGUGAUUCCCCAGGAGAUUGUUCAGUUGAAAUCACUUGAGAAGCUCAAUUUGAGCUUCAACGGCUUGUCAGGAGAGAUUCCACAGCAACUCAGCAAGGUGACAAAUCUGCAAAUUUUAGACUUGUCUAGCAACCAUCUCACAGGUGCAAUCCCAUCAGCUCUGAACAACCUGCACUUCCUCUCUGUAUUCAAUGUUUCUCAUAAUGACCUGGAAGGGCCUAUUCCGAAUGGAGGCCAGCUUAGUACAUUUCCAAGUUCUAGCUUUGAUGGGAACUCGAAGUUGUGUGGGAUUAUGGCUGCUAAACUCUGUGGGUCGGCUGAAGCACCUCCAGUCUCUGUUCCAUCCACAGGACAGACGGUCGAAAGGGUUGCCUUUGUUAUUUCUUUUGGGGCUUUCUUUGGUGUAGGGGUGAUAUAUGAUCAAAUAGUCUUGUCAAGGUAUUUUGGUUAG